AUGCACAUCUCCUCAUCUUGUUGCAAGAUUGCAUGCAUGAAGCCCAUGAGCUGUCACGAGCAGGAGCACCCGGAGCUCGCCGCCACAACGACCAACAGCGGCUUCGACUGGCUUGAGGAUUCCAUCUCCUUCCUCACCGCGGAUGUUGACAUCGCCGACGGCGGCGGCUACGGGUGGUGGUCCAAUCCCGCGGCGGCGCAGCAAGAUGAUAUUGGCAGCGUCGUGGCGCAGACGCUCUCGCCCCCGGCGCCGCUGCUGACGACGACCAGUCCGCCCCUGGCGCACACCUCGCCAAGCAUUGCGUCACCGGCCGUGUCGUCGCCGUCGGAGCCUUCGUCCAAGAAGCGCAAGUCCCCGGCGCACAGGGCGUCCGCCCACAGUGGCAGCAACCAGCGUCGCCGCGCUGACAAGGACAGGCCAGCAGGUGCCGGUGGCGGCAGCGGCAGCAAGAAGGGCGGCUCCAAGGGCGGGGGAGCGGGAUCCGACCGCGACACGAGGUGGGCGGAGCAGCUUCUGAACCCGUGCGCGGCCGCCGUCGAGGCCGGCAACCUGUCACGCGUGCAGCACCUGUUCUACGUGCUCGGCGAGCUCGCCUCCUUUUCCGGCGACGCCAACCACCGGCUGGCCGCGCACGGGCUGCACGCGCUCGCCCGUAGGCUCCCCGCCGCCGUCGGGCCGGCGGCCGCAGCGACCGUGCGGGUGCCGCCAUGCGAGUGCCCCACGCCGGCGUUCGCAGGCGCGGAGCCGCGGCUGUUCCGCGCGUCGCUCAUCAGGUUCCACGAGGUGAGCCCGUGGUUCGCGCUCCCGAACGCGCUGGCCAACGCCGCCAUCGCGCAGGCCGCGUCGCGCGGCGGCCCCGCGGAGCCCCGGGCGCUGCACGUUGUCGACCUCGGCGUCUCGCACGGCGUGCAGUGGCCGACGCUGCUGGAGUCGCUGACCCGGCUGCCCGGCGGGCGCGCGCCGCCCUCCGUCCGCCUCACCGUGGCGGGCCCCGCGGCCACCCUGCCGGCGCCCUUCUCGGCGUCGCCUCCGGGGUACGACUUCUCGCCGCACCUCCUCCGGUACGCCAAGUCAAUCAACCUGCAGCUCGCCAUCAGCCGCGCGGCCUCCCUGGACUCCGUGCAACAUGGGUUCACCUCCCCGUCGGGCGGUGGCGAGGCCCUCGUCGUGUGUCUCCAGUUCCGGCUCGGCCACGCCGGCGCCGACGAGCGGACAGAGAUCCUAAGGAAGGUCCGAGGCCUCAACCCGGAGCUGGUGGUGGUCUCGGAGCUCGACGGCGGCGGCGACGGCACCGCGGCGGGCGAGUUCACGGCGAGGCUGGAGCUGCUGUGGCGGUUCCUGGAGUCGACGUACGCGGCGUUCAAGGGGAGGGACGGGGAGGAGAGGCGCCUGAUGGAGGCCGAGGCCGGCACGUCCGUCGCGUCGGAGGCGGCGGGAGCAGGGAGGGAGGCGUGGCGGGAGCGCAUGGCGGCCGCCGGGUUCGAGGAGGCGGCGUUCGGAGACGAGGCGGUGGAGUCGGCCAAGUCGCUGCUGAGGAAGUACGACGGCGGCUGGGAGAUGUCGGCGUCGGGGGCGGCCGGGGCAGUGGCGCUGCGGUGGAAGGGGCAGCCGGUGUCGUUCUGCUCGCUGUGGCGGCCGGCGUGCAGUGGCUGA